GGCACCUUGUUAAGGCGGAUUUACACUGAAGCAACCUUUGGCAACCGCGCCGCACGCGGCGCGACCGCAUGCUGCAAAUUACUCACUUGCAGGUAGAGGGUAGCGCAAUCGCAUGCGGCUUGCGUCGCGCGUCCUCUAGUUGCUCCAGGCCGCAAGGUUAUCCAUCGCUAGUGGGUUCAGUUGCCUACUCGCAUGUGGCGUGAUGAUUUGGGACUCGCAUAAGGUCAAGUGUCUUAUCGAAGAGUACCGCGAAAAGAGCAUUCUGUGGGAUUUGCGGCAUCCCAAUUAUAAAGACAAUCGGAAGAAGGUGAAGUUAUGGGAGGACUUAGCCACGAAGUUUCAAUGUUCGGUGAAGGAAGUGAAAGAAAAGGUUAAAAAUCUCAGAACGACCUUCCACAGGUAUAAAAAGAAGAAUCGCGGAUCCGCCAAAGGUGAUCAAUGGGUGCACUUCCCUUCAUUGAGUUUCCUUCUUGAGGUUGACGCACCAAAAAGAGAACUUUCAACGGAGGAGGAUAUUGUUUCCGAGAAUGAGGAUACGAAGGACCAUGAAAUAGGCCCCAAUAGCAGCGAAACACAACUGCAUGAGGCUGUGCGUUCCCAAGACGACCGUCAUGAAGAAACUGUAAGACCACAGUCAACUCCCGAAGCUGCUGGUAGGGAAUUCGUGACACCCACUUCUGGAACGAAAAAGCGCAGGAGACAAGGAAUUGACCGAGAUGAAGAGGCCGGAAGAUCAGAUGAAACGUACGAAGUUUUAAAGAAAGCUUCGCAGCGUGAUGAAUUUGCAACGUACGGUGAAUAUGUGGCAAAUGAGCUGCGAAAACUUAGCUUGCCUGCACAGACCAUCGCUAAAUAUCACAUUAACAAUAUUUUGUUUCACGCGGCAAUGGGAAAGUAUGACAUGCCACCACAAACACACAGGUUCACGUACUCUCCCCAAUCCAGCCAUAGUUCUCCCCAAACUACGCCCAGUCCGGACCAUUCUCCUUACCAUGAAUAUGAGUAUGAGGGGUGAGCCAUAAAACUGGCUUUUGUGCUUUUCUCGUGACCAUACUGCUACUCCUUCACCUGCAUACUGUCUAGGACGCAUCCACUCUGCAUGUUCGACAAGUGAAAUGGAGACCUCUACCGUAUCUUCGCGAGUGUUGGAGACAACACGUGACCUGCUUUCGGUUCCAGAAUCAGGACUAAGUCUUUUAGAUUUACUUGAUAAAUAGUAAGUUUGUACUUUCAAGAAGUGCUUUUGCGCCUAAACUGUUCAUUUUAAAUGGUUUUUAAAACCAUAAUUUAAAACACAAAAUUAGGCAGAUAAUGCAACUACUGUGUAACAUUUCCCUGUAUUCUUCUUUACUCAAA